UGUGAUCUCCAUUUUAGCUCGUCGGUGCGGCCUCUCCCGAACCAGUCUCCUCUCCUCAGUGGUCAUACUCAUCGCUUCUCUCCGGCCUCUGUCGGGCCUCUAACGGCGGGUUUCUCGGUGAUUGACAGCCGAUGAAUGCGGCGAUGGCGAGGCCGAGCCACAGCGAUCACGUCCUCCAGCAGCUCAACAACCAGCGGGAGUGGGGCUUCCUGUGCGACUGCCUCAUCGCUAUCGGUGACAUUUACUUCAGGGCGCACAAGGCCGUGCUGGCGGCCUGCAGCUCCUACUUCAGGAUGAUGUUCAUCCGGGACCAGCAGGGGGCGGGCCGUCUGGACCUCAGCAACAUGCAGAUCAGCGCAGAGUGUUUUGACCUCAUCCUGCAGCUCAUGUACCUCGGACGCAUUGUCGUGGGGAGCUACGAGUUUGACGAGCUCAAGGCCUCCAUGGCGUACCUGCAGAUGUACUAUAUCCCCGACUCACUGGAGGAUCUCAGGGACAUCAGGAGCUCCAACCUCACCCCGUCCUCCUCGGCCUCGUCCUCAUCCUCAUCCAGUUCCUCCACUGGCCCCGCCGGCGGGAAAAUGAUGUUUGGAGUACGCAUGUACGAGCAGCAGAGGCCCGCUGCGCCGGAAGUGGAGCGUUUACCGAAACCUGUUAACAGCAGCGUCGCACGUCCAGCUGCUCCAGCAACGGUCACCAGGCCGGCGGUGGCUGAGGAGGUGGUGAACACCCCUCUGAUGGUGGCGCCACCAGCUGUGGACGGAGCGGCGGAGCAGCCGUGUGACUUGAGAAAGAGGUCCAGCGGCAGAAGUUCAACUCUCAAAGACCGCCCUCGGUUCGGCCGAACCUACACCUGCGAUGACUGUGGCUUCGUCUUCAGCUGCGAGAAGCUUUUAAUCGAGCACAUCCUGACCUGCACUAACCGGAAGGCCUAUCAUCCUCCAAGAGGUAACGCCGAAGGCGACAACGACUCGAGUAAAGCUGAGAGCUCUGCAUCUGAGAGCACAGAGGAGCACAGGGUCCUCUGUAAAGGCGAGGACGACUGGCCUGAGUCCAAGGCCGACUCUGACCUCACCAUCAGGUCGGUGGCAGCCGGGACAGAUGGCGAGCCCGGGUCGACUAGAAGCAUCUCCAUCAAGACAGAACCAGAAGAAAGCAUGUUCCCUGAGAUCGAGGUGGUCCGGGUCGGCGAGCACACCGCCAGAGACUGUAGCACACGGUUCAGUGACGUCACACGGAAAGACUUGCUGAAGGAGAAAAAGUCAUCGGACCGUGAACCAGAGCCCGGUGUCUCAGGUUUGGAGAACAGCAGCGAGCCUUUUGAAAGCCACAUGUCCAGCAGCGAUGAUUCAGGGAUUCCUGCGAAGCUUCGUAAAGUCAAAGACGAGAAGCAGGACACCGACUGUGCCCCUUGUGAACUGUGUGGUGCUCUGUUAACGGAGGAGGACAAGUCAGCCCACUACCUGUCCAACCACAUGGGUCAUAUAUGUGCCUGUGGACGCUGUGGCCAGGUGUUGAUCAAAGGCCGGCAGCUCCAGGAACACGCAGAGCGCUGUGGAGAAUCCCACGGCGGUGAGUCGGACUCCCACGGGGAGGACGAGGCCUCCCUGCUGGAGGAGCCGCAGGGGAUGGAGGAGGGCCUGCUGGAGGCCGCCGACCUGGCCUGCCCUCAUUGCGGUCUGCUCUUCCAGAACGAGAGCCUGGCGCUGGAGCAUGCCUUGUCCUGCCACGACCAGGAGCUGUUCCGCCCGGUGCUGCUAGAGGAGGGCACCGAACCAGAUCAUCGCCGCAAACACUUCUGCAGCAUCUGCGGCAAAGGCUUCUACCAGCGCUGCCACCUGCGGGAACACUACACCGUCCACACCAAGGAGAAGCAGUUCACCUGCCAGACCUGCGGGAAGCAGUUCCUGCGUGAACGUCAGCUCAGACUGCACACCGACAUGCACAAAGGCAUGGCGCGCUACGUGUGCCCGGUCUGCGACCAGGGAACCUUCCUCAAACACGACCACGUUCGACACAUGAUCUCCCACCUGUCUGCCGGGGAAACCAUCUGCCAGGUGUGUUUCCAGAUCUUCCCCGGUGGAGAGCAGCUGGAGAAACACAUGGACGUCCACCUGUACAUCUGUGGCGUCUGUGGAGAGAAGUUCCGCCUCCGUAAAGACAUGAGGAGCCACUAUAACUCCAAACACACCAAGAGACUAUAGGAAGGACCCAAACCGUCUGCAUUUAUACUAGUUUGUUACUUAAAAAGCCAUAAAUGUGAGAACAAAUGUAUGCACUUGAACCCCAAAAAGACAACUUUUUAAUCUGCACUUUUUAAGUAUAUGCAUAACCUAAACGGGCGUUCAUACUGCGAGCAGCAGGCUGGUGAUUGGUCGCUGAGUAACGGCUCUGUGUAUCAGUCUACAGCUUCUUGCUUUGAUAAGGUGACAUUAAGUUAAUACAGCUCAGAAAAACACGCAUCACAUUUUCACAGCUUUGAAUUAGGAUUUUAUGAGACAUCUCCUUGUCUUGUUUGUCAGCAUCAACGUCUGUAGAUGAAACAAUCACAAAAGGCGGGAAACGAUCAAGUUUAGAAACCUGGCCGGCUGUUGUCACAGGUGGUGUUAGACACCCAUCAUAGCUAACCAGCUUAAUAGCUAACGAGUUGUAUAUUAUUAUUUAGAAUAUUUAUAAAGAUCUGGAUUUUUUUUAUACAGGUGAUAAAUGUGAUAUUUAGAUAUCAGGUAAUUUGGAAUCACACAGGAACAGAUCUUUAGUUCCCUCCGUCCAAAAUGAUUCUUAAAGCUGUAGAAACCCAAAGAAAUAAAACAAGCAAAGGGAGAGAGCAGAUCCUCACACUGGAGGAGUUUGAACCAUUAUUGCUCAUCUGUGAAUCGACAAAUCAUUUUAGCACUAGAAUGUACCAAAGUCAUGUUGGUGGGUGGAGACUCCCAUCAUGCCUCUCCACCCGACUGGUUCGUGAUUGUGUUGCUCGCAGUGUGAACUCGCAGUCAGACGGGAAGUUCACUCCAAAACAAACACGGACCUACGCUCCUGAUCCUGUGACAGUCUGACCACCGCACGGUGACGGAGGAAGAAGAUGGAGGACGUGGUGAUAAAAGUCAAAGCUGGCACAAUCCCUGAUGGAUUUAACCAAAGUUGUGACAUUAAACAUGGGGGUUACUGUAGUUACCAAGGGUUGCCCAGAAGCUUAAACAAUAAACAAUGGCCAUAAAACAGAAGCAAUAAUAAGAGAGAAGAAGAACGGUUAACAAACAGGCAUGAAAGGAGCUAACGCUAACGUUAGCAUUACAAGAAAAAAGACAUGACAGUAUAGACACAGCUCACACCUGUGUUGGUAUCUGUCAUGUGAUCACAUGAUGAAUUCAUAAUCUGCUGUCUUCAGAUCUGAUCAACAUUGUUUUGUUUACAAACAGGCAGCCAAGGGAGGAAACAAAAAUGUAAAAUCAAACGUCCCCAACUCACAAGUGUGUGUACUUUGCCUUCAUCAAGGUAAUGUGAUGUAAGUGCCCUCCCAUUCCUCUUUAUACCAGUCUGAGCCCUGCAGCCUCUCGAUCACUGACCAGGUGAGUCAGUCAGGUCUGUGAGGGUUCAGGACUUAGGCCUGGGGGGGGGGGGGGGGGGGUUGUGUGUGUGAAGACGCUCAGUGGAGUUUGUUUUGGAGUGAACUGUCCGUGGAAGACUUUCUCAGUGUUUCAGAGGGGCCGCGAGCUCCGGGUCGACCUUCUCUUUGAUGUCCCAGAAUACUAAAGGAGGUUUCAUGUCGUCAGCAGAGUGUGACCUCAGCUUCCUGAUGCUUUGUUCUGUGAGUCCUUCCCUUUACGUUUACUCACCGUCCAACAUGCUCUGUGAUCGGUGCCUUUACUGUAACAGUGGUGCACACUAGCAGCAGUGCGCGUCUCAGUCUUUUUCCUUACUGUCCUCUUCACGCCGAUGCUUGAUGGGGGAUGGACAGGCAGAUAAAGAACCCCCCCCCCCUUUCAAGGUGAAUCUGUAAACGGCAGAUUAUGAAAAGUUCAACAACAAAACACUAGAGUUGGUGUGUUGGCACUGAGCUGCCAGACUGAGUUGUUGACGUCAUGCUCGGACUUGUUCUGAUGCCUUAUCGAGUUGUGAAGUGGUUUUCACUGCAGUUGUCUUCUGGUGUCACAACAUCACACCACAGAUGAUCAGAACAACUUCAAACCAGGUCCAGCUGUUCACAAAAACCAAAACCAUUUAACACAGAACACCAUAGACCAGUUAUAAAGAAUCUUAAACCAGCAACCAACGCAAACUGGUUCAGAAUCCACCUGAACCAGUUCCUUAAACAGUCUAAACCAUGUGUAACCCAACACAAACCAAUUCAAAACCAGUCCCAACUAGUUUCAAAAUGACCUCAACACACCCAAGCAUUUCAGAUUCAGCUGAAACUGGUUCCGAACUAAACCAGUUGUAGUGCCCUCAUCCGAAAUGAAGCAGCCGAAACCAGUUCAGACCCAUUUAAAGGCAAUUAAGAGGAUGUGGCCCAGACCAGUCCAGAACCUGUCUAAAACCAGUUUAGAAUGAACCCAAAAUUGGUGGAAGGCCGGUUCUGAACCAAGUCAGACCACUUCAGAACCAACCCAUACAAGUUCAUAUGUGGUUUAAACUGGUUCCAAACAGAACUAAAACCAACAUUUCAGUAGGUUCAGCUCCUUUAAACCAUCAACACAAAUAUCUUAGAACUGACGAGCCAGAACCAACUUCACCAGACUGCCAACAGUCUCAACCCGCUUCAAACUAACCCAGAUAUUACAGAACCAGGCCAGACCAGUUUGGACCCCGUGUCCUGGAUUCCUGCAGCUGCAUUAAAACAGGUCUGAAGGUUUAAUGGUUAAUUUAAGGUAAUAACAGUCUAAGACUCUUGAGAUGUCCCUGUGCAGUAACUCGUCCUGCCUGGACCCGUGUUUGGACAAUCAGCUGUGAGGAUUUGAGUCCAUGUGGAGUCAGUCUGUCUGUAGACCAGUUUAGCCUCUGAACUACUAAAGAUCUGGAUCUGAUGCAUGUUCAGUGCUACCUGGAACAAACUUAAACCAGUUCAGAAUCAAACUAAACCACUUUAAUAAAACCCAGGCUACUUCCAAAGGUCGCUUCAAAACCAGCUCAAAUAGAUCCAGUCUGGCCCAGACCAGUUCAGAAUCAGUACUGACUGGAACCAGUUUAGAAAGAAGACUAAAUGUACUGGACAGUUUCUGCUGCGUCGACCUGGAUCACCUCAGUUCUACUGUAGAUGAGUAUCGGUUCAUUAAAAUGUCUCCUGCAGCAGGACGUAGACCUGCAGUCGAUCCAGGAAGUCCUCACAGAGACGGAGGGUUCAGCCGGUGGACUGUCAGUCCAUCGGCUGUCCGUCUGUGUCCAGGUGGUGUGAUGCUCUGAUGUCUGGAUAAAAAGCCUUUCUGAAGCUCUUAAUAAACCAAGUGAAUUUCUGUUUGUGAA